AUGAACCCAAGCUCCAUCCUCUGGAUAUUGGCUGUCUUCUCGGUUUCAGGAAUCGGCGCCGAGAAGUUCCAAGUCGUUCAGAAAUUUCCGACGAUUCUGGCGAAGGAGGGUCAAUCAGUCCUCAUCCCGUGCGAGUGGACAGGCAAUGUCUCCCAGACAAUAGGCUCUUUUAAAUGGUUGAAGGAUAGUGCGGAAGUUUCCAAUCAGACAGCGAAGUACAGAGGGCGAGUGCACAAAUCCCAAGAGGAUUUCAUCCACAGCCGCAAAGCCUCCCUCUUGCUGAAGGAGCUGAAAGUGACUGAUUCCGGGAUGUACAGGUGCAGCGUGAAAUUCAUGCAGCUGGGUGAGGAAUAUGGGAAUGGAACACAGCUCACGGUGAGAGAGAAACCAAAAGGUAACAUGACGCUAUCGUUAUUCCUGUUGAUCGGUGCUCUGGUACAACUAGCUCUCGUGUUAAUUGUUGUGCCCUACUGUGUGAAAUUACACAGAAUGAAAGGUGCUCAACGGGCUCAAAGACAAUUCCAAGUUAUUUCAGACAUCAUCUGCGUAGAUGAUAUUCUAAAAUUACCUGUCCUGGAUGAAGUGCAGAAUCUGGAUCAAGACGAGAGUGUACCGGAAUCUGAUGCACUGCGCAUGGUUGAAAACAAUGAAGACACAUCGAUUUACACACCUAUGGAAAGGUGA